UUUUCUUCCAGUAUGGAGUUAACUCAUAUUUGAGUGUUUGUAUUCCAGUGUGAGGUGGGCAAACAGCUGAAAAUCCUUAAAAUUUCAACCAAACUAGCCACAAAGCAUUCCUGGGUAAAGGACAAUUGAAACUGUUUCAAAAAAGGGUCAUGAAAAAUAGUGGAAAUAGGGCAUGGUGAUUAAAACAUGUUAAGAAACACUUAAUCAUUGAAGUCUUGGUCAAGAUACAAUUAUGUGAUGAAGAUUUAAGUUUGUUCAAUUCAUGAGCCAAACGAGGACACCCUGGCCUGGAAAGGAAAGAAAAUGGAGGAAGGAGGUGUGCUUACCAUUCCAAUGCAACCAGCUCAGCCCCAGACAUUUCAAGUUUACCAAAGACCAAAUGCCCGAACAUUUCAGAGAAGAGGCCCACCCCAGGAUGCAAAGGGAGGAGCCCCAGAUGGUGACACUGCAACAGGUCCUGUCAUGUUUGAUGGGAAACGAAUGAGAAAAGCAGUCCACAGAAAAACAGUCGACUACAAUACGGCAGUUCUUCAGUAUUUAGAGAACCGAAUUUGGCAGAGAGAUUACAGGGAUAUGAGAGCCAUACAGCCAGAUUCAUUAUAUCAGAUUGAUAUUCCACCACCUAUAUCUAUGAUAGAGAACUCCAUGAAUUGUGUGACAACCAAAUUCAUUCGAGCAUCUACGAAUAAAUUCAGAUGUCCAAUAUUUUGUCUUGCUUGGACGCCUGAAGGCAGACGACUAGUCACUGGUGCCUCCAGUGGGGAGUUUACUCUCUGGAAUGGCCUCACAUUCAAUUUUGAAACAAUUCUUCAGGCUCACGACACAUCCUGCAGAGCCAUGCAGUGGAGCCACAAUGACAACUGGAUGGUAACAGCUGACCAUUUUGGUUACAUCAAAUACUGGCAGUCCAACAUGAACAACGUAAAAAUGUACCAGGGACACAAGGAGCCUAUUCGCGGGCUAAGUUUUUGCCCGUCGGAUAGUAAAUUUGCCACCUGUUCUGAUGAUGGAACAGUACGAAUCUGGGACUUCAUGAAAUGUCACGAAGAAAAAAUCCUCAGAGGUCAUGGAUCUGAUGUUAAAUGUGUUGACUGGCACCCACAAAAAGGUUUAUUAGCAUCCGGAAGCAAAGACAACCAACAACCAAUCAAAUUGUGGGAUCCUAAAGCUGGAACAAGUCUAGCCACCAUACAUGCUCACAAAGCAACAGUCAUGGAAUUAAAAUGGAACAAGAAUGGAAAUUGGUUGCUGACUGCCUCAAGAGACCACCUGUUGAAGGUGUUUGACAUUCGUAACAUGAAGGAAGAAAUUCAGACAUUUAAAGGCCACAAGAAAGAAGCCACAGCCGUGGCAUGGCAUCCGAUACAUGAAGGCUUAUUUGUGAGUGGAGGAUCCGAUGGGGCUGUGAUGUUCUGGAACAUGGGACUUGACAGAGAAGUUGGUUCCAUGGAAGAAGCUCAUGAAGGAAUGGUGUGGAGUUUAGCAUGGCAUCCUAUGGGUCAUAUUCUUGCCACUGGUUCCAAUGACCACUCAACGAAAUUUUGGACACGGAACAGACCAGGGGACAGGAUGAGGGACAGGUAUAACCUGAACACUCUCCCUGGAGGCUCGGAGCAUGAACUGGCCGAAUUUGACCCUGAUGCCACUGCUGGUCCCCUAAUUCCUGGGAUGGGACAGAUUCCAAGUGGACAGAUGUUAGCCACCAGUGAGGAAGUACAAGCAGAAGUAGAAGAUCUGCCAUCUAUACCUGGUCUGGACUGGUCUGCAGAUGAAAGCUUCUUCAAACAACAGGAACAACCUAGAAUGCCAAUAAAAAAGAUACCCUACGCCAAGCCCAUUCCGUGGGACUUUGAGCGGGCUUGGAUGACAAACAAGUUACCAAAAAUGGAAAAAGAGGAUUCCAAGCGACGACGUGACUUUGAUAGAGACUGGGAUAAAGACAACAAUAAUAGAAAAGACAGGCGAAACCGGGGAAGGGACAGAGACAGAAGGAACAAUGACGAGGGGUGGAAGGAGGAGGACUACAAUAAUGAGGAAAUGAAUUCUAACAGUAACUAUGACAAUAGGUUAAAUCCAAGUCAUGGACACAUGGGUGGAAUGAUGGGAAAUAUGCCACCUGGAGAUUCAAAUAAAGGCAGGGGCUCAUUCAACCAAGGACCAAUGCAGAAGAGAGAUGGAAUGGGCAACAGUGGUCCUGGGAAUAUGCGCAUGACUCCGAAUAAAACAAAUCCGAAUUUCAUGAAGGAAAACAUGGACUCUGGAGGCAUGAUGAAAGGGAACAUGGGUCCAGGUGGAAUGAACAUGAAUUCUGGAAAUUUUGGCAACAUGAACCCUAGGAACUUUGGUGGAAUGAAUAACAUGCCGUUUUCAGGUCCAGACCAAAGAGAGAUGUUCCCUAAACAGGGUCCUGGCCCCAUGAAUAACCCACCAAGAUUUCAAGGAAAUCAAGGUGGACAAUUUGGCCCAGAAUCUUUCCAAAACGCGAAUAACAUGCAGGGAAAUAACAUGCAGGGAAAUUCAUGGCGACAAAACAGAAAGCAGUCUGACAAGUUUAGUGGCCAGGACAACUUCCACGAAGAUAACGAUUAUCGCACCGAUACUGAUUUUAGACAGGACAACAAAAAUCAGCAAAGUUUUCGCGGUGGAAGAGGUGGGAGAUUUCAGAAUCGAGGGGACCAGGAUGAUCGUUGGAGUGAUAACUCUGGGCAGCAGUGGAGAAAUGAUAAUAACAUGCAGGAAAAUUGGGGAUCUGAUGGUGGCAAUUUUCAAAUGGACAGUGAUCCUAUGUAUGAUCAGAACUUUGGUGGAAAUACAGGGGGUAGAGGAGGCAGGGGUGGAAGAGGAAGAGGAGGGGGAGGAUGGAAUGAAAGACGAGGAGGAGGUGGUGGUGGUGGUAGAGGAAAUCGCAAUGAUGGGAAUUUCAAUCAGUCAGAUUCAUUCAAUCGCAAAAGAAAUUGGAACCAAGGACCAGGUGAUAGUGACUUUAAUAAUAGUGGACCUCGGAACAGUGGAUUCAAAGGAGGCAGUGGUUCUCAAGGGGGUUGGUCAGAUGAUCACAGCUCAGGGGGGAGAGGAAGGGGCCGGGGGAAUAGGGGAAAUCGGGGGUUCAGAGGGGGCAGAAGAGGAAUGUCUUAACAUUGUGAUGAUCUCGUCAUUUGCAUUUCAUUUCAUUAUAACAUUACAUGUGUUUGUAUAAUAAAUGGAAAGUACAAUGUUUCAUUGAUUGCAAUUUCAUUUCUUAUAGAAGUAAAAGUGAUACAUUUUAUACGAAAUAUUUUCAAAAGCAUUAUGUAUAAAGGUUUAGAAAGAUUUGGAACAAAUGCACCUAAUUUUAAAAUGUGUACAUGUAUGUACAUGCAGUUUAGGACACAUACAUGUAGUGCCUUGGAAUUGGAUUUUCUUUCUGAACUUUUAAAUUGUUGCAUGUGUAUAUACUGUAUUAGCUCACCUGAGCUGAAAGCUCAAGUGAGCUAUUCUGAUCACCUUUUGUACGUUGUCUGUCUGUCCAUCUGUCUGUAAAUCACAUUUUCAUCUUCUCCAGAACCACUAGACCAAUUUCAAUCAAACUUGGUACUCAUCAUCCAUGGGUGAAGGGGAUUCAGGUUUCGUCAAAUGAAGGGCCAUGCCCCUUUCAAAGGGGAGAUGAUCACGAAAAGACAAAAAUGGGGGGGGGGGGGGGUGUCAGAAAAGUUCAAAUUUACAUCAAACCUUCUUUAAAGUGGGGUAACAAAAGGGGAUCAGUUUUACAUGUAAUUAUAUAGGGAAAAUCUUUAAAAAUCAUCUUCUCAAGAAGCAUUGGACCAGAAACGUUGAAAAUUACAUGAAAGCUUCCUGACAUAGAGCAGAUUCAAGUUUGUUAAAAUCAUGGCCCCUUGGUGUAGGGUGGGGCCACAUUAGGGAAUUAAAGUUUUACCUGCAAAUAUUUAGUGAAAAUCUUCUCAUGAACCACUGGGUCAGAAAAGUAGAAACUUACAUGAAAGCUUCCUGAUAUAGAGCAGAUUAAAGUUUGUUAAAUCAUAGCCCCCAGGGGUAGGAUGGGGCCAUAUUAGGGAUCAAAGUUUUACAUGCGAAUAUAUAGGGAAAAUAUUUAUGGGCUGGGGGGCUCAGGUGAGUAAUGUUGCCCAUGGGCCUCUCGUUUUUAAAAGAUAUGUUUGAUCUUCAUCAUUUGUUUUCGUACAAAGCAGUGUUUUAUGAACUCUGCUUUUUAUCGUAAAAUUGAAACAAUUGUACAUGCAAGACUUUGAUAUAAUAAAACAAACAACAAAAAACAUGACAAUGAU